GGUGUCUUCUUCAUCCCCCCCUCAUUCCUUGUCCCCUUUACCUGCACGAAAUUCAUUCCAAACCCUCCCUCUGAUCUUCAAAUUUUUUUUAAAUUGCUUCUGUCACCAGUAAAACCCAAACCCCCUCCUCCCUACCCCCUAAAAAGCCCCAAUUACCCUUCAACUCCAAACUCCAUCAGCAUCUUAAUUCAGGAUGAUUUCCACGGGUUUUUUAGCCUGGAUUCUGUUCUGUUACCAGGUGAGCUGCCGUCCCCUUUCAUCUGAUUUGGAAAACGAAGAUGAGAAGGUUACCAGGUGUAUUGUUGAAGUGAUCUCAGAUACACUUUCCAAACCAUAUCCAUUGCCAGUCAGCAGUGAAUGCAGCAAGAUCCUCAAAGAAGAUGCAAGGAUUCUGGCCAUGGUGCGUCAUCAGAAUCUUCUGAAGGAGUUGGAAGAACUGACACAUCAUGAGGAGACCAGGGAGAGCUUGGCCAAGAAAAGCAACAAAAGAUGGAACUACCCAGUGGAAGAAAGUGUCAAAUGGAAUGGAGAGAACAACAUGGAGAGGCAAUACAUGUUGGACAAGAAGGGAGCAAGUGCUGAGAGGAGGGACGAUGUUAGUCACCGAAGAGAAGCCAACACUAAGAAGGACAUCCCUUUAAAGAGAGGGGAAGACAUGGAGAAAUAUGAGGAAAGUGAAGAAGAAAACCUGAAGGAGCAACAUGAUUUUAAAGUCAUGAAUGGUGAAGAUGACACCAAGAUAGUCAUGCACGAAAGCGAGGAAGAGCUCAGUGAUGAAGAUAAGAGAAGUUCAGAGAAAAGACACAGAGAAUCAUCUGAGGAAUCCAAAGAAGAUGAACAGGAGGACCAUGACAUCCUCAAGAUAGACGAACUGAUUGAGAAGAUUGCCAGGGAGGAACUGGAAGAUGAAGAAGACAAGAGAGCUAAUGAGAAGAAGCAUCACAGCAAAGAGUACAGCUCAGAAGAAGAUGACUUUAAGAAGAGAAAUGAGGAAGCACGGAGCAAUGUUAAGAAACGAGUUGAAGAAAAUGCCAGUGAUGAAGAGACCGAUCAGUUUGAAGCGGAGGAAAAGGGAGUCAAGAUCUUCGAUUCCAAGACCCAUCAACAUGAGACUGGUGACAAACAUUCCAUUGAGAAUAAGUCGCAGGAUGAUAAGAGACACCAUUUUCUGGAAGACGAUAUGGACUCGGACAAUGACCUUGAUUAUCUAGAGAAGAGGCACCAUAAUACUGAAAAUAGUGAAGAACAAGAUGAAAAGGAGGAGGAGGAGGAAGAAAUCGAAGAGGAGCAGGAAGAGGAGGAGGAGGAGGAGGAGGAACACAAGCUAAAGAACCUUGUGGUGAUCGAGAAGGAGUUGAAGAAAGUUGCUAAGAAGCUGAGGGAUAUUCGAAGAGGCUAAGGCACUUUCACAAGAGCUCAGCUCCCAUCCAUUGUUAAUCACGCAUUUAACUGUCCAUAUUCUCUCCUCUAUUUUGCCGGCUAUGUACUGUUAUAGUCCAGGCUUUAAACUGCAUGGACAGGGUGCAGUAGUGCAUGGUGCAGUAAUGCAGCCUUUGUUCUUCAUUUACCAUUGGCAAUGUCACCCAUUCGUGGAAGGGUUGGGUUUAGAAGGGGGAAAAAAAAAUCAAAUUUAAAAGCCAUCCAUCUUCCCAUUCUUUAAGAUAAGGAUAACGAAUCUCCCCUUGGUGUUGCUUCUGAGCUGUCAGGAUGACGUUGUAUCUAUUGGCUGGUAUACUUGCCUUAAAGUGGGUGCAACAAACGUUCACUAGACCGAUUCCUGGGAUGAGGGGAUUGCCCUGUGAUGAAAGAGUGGGCCUAUAUUCUCUGGAGUUUAGAAGAAUGAGAGGCAAUUGCCCUAAAACAUGAGAUUCUGUGAGGGCUUCAUGGACAGUCACAGAGAGGAUGGUUAGAGGGCCCAGAACUAUGGGGUAUAGCUUCAGGAUAAGGGAUCGGCCAUUUUAGGACAGAGAUGAGGAGAGAUUUCUUCACUCAGGGGGUUGUGAAUCUUUGGAAUUCUCUCCCCCAGAGAGC